AUUUUUUAAAAUUUUUCGUCGAAAGUCCCCCUGCAGGGGGACGCGCCCGACCUAAAUGGUAGGCCUACGAGGACUGCCGGGGCGGUCGGCCCCUGCUCCACGUGCCCCCCCGUGCGCGGCAGCUGCAGCCGCCCCCCCCCUGGCGCGGUGCGGCCCAGCCCACGGGGCUGCCGCAGCCCAGCCCGGAGCCGUCCCCGCGCGGCGCGGGGCGCCCGCGGGAGGCCUGCGAGCUGGCGCGGGUGCCCGCCUGGCGUGUCGGCCGCGGGGACAUGGCAGCCCCGCGCCUUGCGGGGGGUCCAACCGCGACCACCAGCGCGGUGGAGGCGUUAGAGGAGACGCUCCGCGCGCUCAAGGCCGACGCGCAGGCGCUCCGUGGCGGCCUGCGGCGGCCGCCGCAGCCGCCGCGGAAGGCUGCGGCCGCCCCGCUCCUGGCGUCGAAGGCCGUGGCGGAGGAGGCGCUCCUGGCGCCGAAGGUUGCCGCGGAGGCCCCCACCAGCGGCCCGCGGCGACCACCGCCGCUCGCAAUCUCGUCGCCCGCGCAGCCCGCGCCGGAGCCGUCUCCGACUGGCGCCCGGCGGCCGCUGCUGACGGCCCAUCGGGGGGCGCCGACCCGAAAGAUCCGAAGAUCUGACGAAAACGAGCGGCCGUCGUCAGGUGAUGUGCUGAAUUGGCCUGCGGGAGGCCCAGUGGGGAAAGACGCAGUAGAGCAUCUACUUCUUUCAGCGCUCGACGUUCUCAGUUCGCGCGUCGCUCGACGGUCCCAUUGGUCUAAAGUUCCUCGUGUGGAGGGCGGGGGGCGCUUUGCGUGUGUGUUAGUUGAAUCCUUCUCCCCAAACGCACGCACAAACAUAGUUUGGAUGCCUCCGUGCGCCGUGAGGGAGACGUAGAUGAUUGUCGCCCCGCAGAAGGGACGCGGCAGCGCGCGUGUCCGAUGCCUUCGUGCCGUGUCCAGGGCCGUCGAAAACGAGCCAGGGUGUGAAGAGCUGGUCUCCUCCUGACCUUGCCGGGAGGCCGCGCUCCUUCGGUC